AUGGAGCUCAUCAUCGAAGACUACCUCCCACCACCACCCCCCAGCACCAGCACCAGCACCAGCACCAGCACCAGCACCAGCACCAGCACCAGCACCAGCACCAGCACCCGCAACCAUCCAUCGAAGCGCCAGGUGCCGCUGCACCAUGCCUCCACUCCCUCUCACAAGCUCCUCUCUACUCGCGAACCUUCGCUGGAGUCGGAAGGUCCCCACGACGGUCCGCGAGCCCUCAGCACCCAGCACACCGCCCGCAGGGGCGAGGUCCUUUUCGGACGAGGACAGGGGCAGCAGCAGCAGCAGCAGCAGCUGAGCGGAGGUUUGCAGGAGCCGAGGCAAAGGGAGGGCGGCGCGGCUGCGACCGGAGGGGCGAAGGACCGGGGCAGCUUCAUGCAGAAGAUGAAGGGAUGGAAGCGUGAGUUGUGGGAGGCACUCACGUCAGUGGACCGACACGUGAAGAAGAAGGCCGAAGAGGACCACCGAGAGUUGUCCGACGGAGAGAAGAAGCACUCGGUGAAGGAGUUCAAGCAAAGCUACAUGCCCACCCGCGAGGCCGCUCGUGCUGUCCUCGACCCCCGCUACGCUGGCCACUGCCUGGGCACCGACAUCAACAAGCUCGCCUGCGAGGGGCUUCUCUCCGAGGCGCCCUCCGUUCUCAAGGCUGCCGUGGACAAGGUGCCGCAAAAGCUGGACGAGGUGAUUUCGCUUUCAUCGCACCUGCUGGACGAGCUCAUCGAACAGGCCAAGCGGGAGAACGCCACGGGAGACCAGCAGCAGGGGGUGAGGCUGCACAAGUUUCUCGAGUUCUACAAGGGCUACAAGGAGCGCUCCCUCCGCACGCGCAUGGAGCACCUCAAAUCCCGCAUCGAAGCCGAAGCCGCCACGCUCGUGCAGGAGGCCUGCAGCGAAGCCCUCGCCAGAGAGGUGCUGCAACCGGCGGAGCAGUCGCGACCAUCGUCGGUUAUGGGCUACCACCAACUGCUCGACUCUUCACUCCCUCGCGUGCCUCUCGCCGCCGCACAAGCUAUACAAGCGCGUGUCACGGACCUCGUGGGGCGCGCCUUGGCCGAGGUCGACGAAAUUCAGGCCGAGCUGCUCCCGCCCAUGCCUGACGCCUAUGCCUCGCUGGCCAACAAGCUUCACCAAAUGGUCAUCCACGAGGAUGAGCCCCACGCCAAAAAGAGAAGAAUGGAGGUGAUUGAUCUCACUACGGACGACGACCACGACACGAACCACCGCCCGCAGACUCACACAGACAAUGCCGACGAGAAUACCGAGAGCAUGGAGGAGGAGGAGGAGGAGGAGCAAGCAAGCAAAGGCAGUCGCCCGCCCCUCAGGUUGGUGCGGCGAGUGUCUACUCUGGUUGAGCUGUGCAUUGGCACGUGCGCCGAGUACGUGGACUACCUUCCGGAUAUUCCGGACGGGUGCUUCCCAGAAGACCUGCUGCAGCGCAUGUUUACGCUCCUCAUCGAGAGGGGCGUGCUGAGCGAGGAUGCCCUUCACCGCCUCCUCUCUUCCUCCAUGACGGGGCUCAACCUGCGCGGAUGGAAGCAACUAUCCCCAGCUUCUUGCAGCGUCAUCGCCCGUUGCACUUUGCUCCGCCGGCUCGACCUCGCAGGCACGCCAUCUCUUUUUCUUUUCCGGCGGCGGCGGCGGCUGGUGGUGGUGGUGGUGGUGGUGGUGUUCCCGUCUUCCCGUCUUCCCCGCCACGGCACCAACGAGGGGCUAUCUGGCUGCACUGGCCUGCUCGACGAGGGACUUGCGGAAAUCCUGAGAUCGGCCAGCACCGCCCUCGAAUCGUUGAGCGUGGAAGGGUGCACGGGUCUCACAGACUCAUGGCUCUCGAAUCUCUCCCUGUGCCCCAACCUACGCUCUCUCGAUGCCUCCUCGUGCCCCCGCAUCACCGAUGCCACGCUCAAGGACCUUCCGCUCCGUUGCCCGCGCCUCACCGCUCUGCACCUUCGCCGCUGUCCUUUGGUGACCGAUGAAGGACUCAGCCAAGCGGGGCGCUGGACAGACCUGACGACACUCGAUCUCUGGGAGAACAUGCGGCUCACGGACCGUACGUUGUUGGCGGCUUCAUCAUGUGGCAAGCUUGAGACGGUGCGACUAUGCGGCCGAGCGUUUACCGACAGUGGCAUGCGCUCCCUGGCCAGCGGUUGUCCUGGCCUGAGGUGCGUGGAUGUUGCUGGCGCCUCCCUUUCGGAUGCCUCUGUCCACGCCUUGGCCGACCACUGCCCAAAGCUUGUGCGACUCUCCAUUCCCCACUCCGCCCGCAUCACCGACGCUGCAUUCGUUCUCCUGCCCGAAGGCAUCCGGUUGGGCGCUGUCGAGGAGCUCGAUGUCAGUCGCGCCUCUGCACUGAGCGACGAGUUUCUGCGCGCCAUCGCCCUUCGCUGCCCUCGACUGCGCCGCGUAGCUCUCGCCGGCUGCGAGCAGCUGACGGACACGGGGCUGGUGCUGCUGGCAAACCGAUGCCAGCUGUUGACGCACGUGUCGUUGGCGCAGUGCAAGAAGAUAACGGACCGAGGCAUAGGCGCCCUCAUCCGGGCCUCCGCUGGCCGGCUGGUGGCCCUCUCCCUGGAGAACUGCCAUCAAACCACGGACGCCACGCUUCUCGCUCUUGCUGAGACCAACUGCACUGGCCUGGUCGACUUGGACCUUUCGGGCUGUGACGCUGUGACGGACGAGGGCUUGCGUGCCAUCGUGGCCACCUCGACGGCGCUCGAGGGGCUCUCCGUGGAGGAGCUCACCGAGCUCACCGAGGAGGGCAUCUCGCUGCUCGGUCAUUUCCACCAUCUCAAGCGCCUGCGAGUGGGCUAUUCCAAGGGCCUCACCGACGCUGCGCUUGCGACCAUCGUAGCGGGCUGUGCCGAGCUGCAAUCACUGGACCUCUCCUACUGCAACAGCGCGCAGCUCACCGGGGCUGGCAUCGAAGCUGCGAUCGGACAGCUCAAGGCCCUCGAUGCCCUUUCGCUGCGAGGAGCAACGGCUGGCGCGGGAGCGCGGAUAGUGCACGACCGGUUAUCCUCACUCAACCUGUCCUGGUGCAAGACACUCCAGGACGACGCACUCGAGCGCUUUGCGGAGGGCUGCCCUUCCCUUCGCCACAUCGACCUGGCCUGGUGCGACCAGAUCACUGGCGCGGCAGUGCACCGGCUCGCCCAGAAACUGGCUUCUCUCCGGUCAUUCAACCUCCGUGGCUGUCACAAGAUCCCCUCCCUCACCAUCCAGUUUUUAACACACGCGGGCAAAACUGUACAGCGGUAA